GCAAAUCAUAAUUCACUGACGACUGCUAACCAAUUCCUAGAGCCGUUGCACAUCUAUCACGUGACCAAGUUUGUUUAUAACCGCAAUUAUGCAUUACAACUGUAAUUCCUAGUGAUUCAACUUUGCGUAUAUGUACAUGUAUCACGGAUGUGUACAUUGCAAAUUCAGUUAUAUGUAUCUAUAUACAUAUUUAUAUAAAACAAAUAUUUCUGUAUAUAUUUGAUAAGUUUUAAUUGCCGAACCAUGAAAUGUUUUCCUUAUUAUUUUAUUGAGUAAUUACAGAUAAUAAAGACAUUUGUUAAUUUAAUUGUGUUUAAGCUAUACGAUUAUAUACUAUCAAUUUGUAAUUUCAAGUAAUGUAAUUAAGUUUAAAAAAAAAAAUUUUCAAAAUAAAUACAUGUAUUAAAUUACACAUGUUACAAUGGAUUCGUAUAUAAUGCAGAUCAGACGUAUGUGGUUGAAUCAGGACGGCGAUGGUUUAGCGGAUUUAUUGUCUUUACGGCAUAAUCAUGUUUCAAUUUCACAAAUUGGAUCUGAAACUGCAAUAGCAAAAGCAAUGGAACAUUUAUCUGCUCCACUUGAUGACUUAGUACUUUAUCAUUUAAAAACUAUAACAACAAUACAUAAAGAUGACCCAUUGUCUAUGUAUAAUUAUCAAAGUUCUGCAGUUCAAUCUUUGACAAAGAUUCUUCAAAUGCAAAAGGAAGAAAAUUGGAUGUUGCCUGUUAUGAACGUAAUGUGUUUAGAAUUACGGUUAUUAGCAGUUUGUGCAGAGAAUACAAGAUCCAGCAAAAAUAUGAAGCCUGGAGAAAUUUUGGAGAAAUGUGCAGAUUGUCUAAUGGGAUGUUUUCGAGUAUGUGCUUGCGACAAUCGUAGCUCAGAAGAUGAUACAAAACGAUGGGGAAUGCUGGCAUUAGUUAACCAAUUAUUAAAAAUUUAUUUUAGAAUAAAUAAAUUGCAUUUAUGUAAACCUUUAAUAAGGGCAAUAGAAUCGUCCCCAUAUAAAGCACAUUUUGCAUUAGCACAACAAAUUACUUAUAAAUUUUUCGUGGGCCGUAAAGCAAUGUUUGAUAGUGAUUACAAAGCUGCUGAUGAAUAUCUUACUUAUGCUUUUGAACAUUGUCAUAAACAAUCUUCAAAAAACAAACGAUUAAUUUUAACUUAUCUUGUGCCAGUGAAAAUGUUAUUAGGGUAUAUGCCUAAACAUAACUUAUUAGAAAAAUAUAACUUAAUGGAAUUUGGAGAAUUAAUGGAAGCUGUUAAAAGAGGAGAUUUAUGCAAUCUUGAAAAAGUGAUGGAAAAACACGAAUUAUUUUUUAUAGGAGCAGGAAUAUAUUUAAUUGUGGAAAAAUUGAAGAUAAUAGCAUACAGAAAUUUAUUUAAAAAAGUAUAUUUAGUAUUAAAUAUACAUCAGAUUCCUAUUCAAGAUUUACUUUCAGCAUUGGAAAUGCAAGGAAUUGAUGAUGUUGAUAUGGAUGAAGUAGAAUGCAUUGUGGCAAAUUUAAUUUUUGAAGGAAAAAUUAAAGGAUACAUAUCUCAUCAACAUAAAAAAUUAGUCAUCUCUAAACAAAAUCCUUUUCCAAGACUUUCAACUAUACUUUAAUUAUCUUUAGAUUACAUGUAUCUUUCUGUAAGAAAUAAAUUUAAAUUCAAUAAAAUUGAUUUAAUUGAU